AUGCGGAUUAUAAAGGAAGCGGAAUCCUGGUGGCAGGACGUGGAAGAGCUAACCGACGCGCAGAUGAAAGAGCGAUUCAUCGCUCUGGCAAGACAGAAGCGCCUUCCACCGACGGUUGUCCUUGUUUGCCUCUACACUCUCUUCACACCGGAUAAGGAGUACGGCCGGGUGUGUCUGAUGAAACUCCUGCUCUUUGGCCCACAUAAUAAGACGAUGCAGUACCACAAUUACCAAAUUUACAAGAGUCUGCACUCACAGGAGCGACGCCUAUUUGGCGAAAUCCUCGAAAACUGCCCCAUGCCACUCUUCCCACCGUAUUCGGAAAUCGCAAACCUCAACGAAGACGUGCGAGACAUUGUCAGCCAUGGUAAACUGACUGGCGGGAGCGAGAUGAACGAAGAGGAAUCGCCGUAA